CGUGUGACUUCUUGCAGCACCGUCAUGAAGUUCUUCAUCGACGACUUGCCAGUCGUUUUCCCCUACGAGUAUCUUUAUCCUGAGCAAUAUGCUUAUAUGUGUGAUCUCAAGCGCACCCUGGAUGCUCAAGGUCACGGAGUGCUGGAGAUGCCUUCCGGAACUGGGAAGACCGUCUCUGUACUCUCCUUGAUUGUGUCGUACAUCAGGUUUUACCCAACCAAAAGAAAACUCAUAUAUUGUUCCCGUACUGUUCCAGAGAUUGAGAAGGCUCUCUCGGAGUUGAAACGGCUGAUGGCAUACAGGGCUGAACAUGCAGAGACGUUAGAAGAGAAAGCUAAGGAACUGGCCUUCAUGGGCUUAGGACUCACCUCGAGAAAAAACCUUUGUUUGAACCCGGAAGUCGCGAGGGAAAAAAAGGGGACGGUUGUUGACGCACGUUGUAGAGAUCUUACGUCCGCUACAGCGUGUGAGAAAGGCAGAGCCAAUCCUGGAUCCGUUCCUCUAUGCUCAUUUCACGAGGGUCUCAACAACCUUGAGCCUGGGAAUCUCAUCCCUCCUGGAAUAUGGACUCUUGCAGACGUACAACAACAUGGUGUCAAAAAUGGGACUUGUCCAUAUUUUACUAUUCGAAGGAUGAUGCCCUUUGUAGACGUCAUUAUCUACUCGUUUCAUUACCUCCUUGACCCCAAAGUGGCGGAACAAGUAUCCAAAGAACUAUCGAAGGAUGCGAUCGUCGUUUUCGAUGAGGCUCACAACAUUGAUAACGUAUGUAUUGAAUCGUUGAGUAUUGACCUAACCAGGCCAAUGCUGGACUCAGCCGCUCGAAGCGUUGGCAAACUUGGCGACAAAAUAGAAGAGAUUAAGCAAACCGAUGCGUCCAAAUUGCAGGAAGAAUAUGCAAAACUUGUUGAGGGAUUACAGGACAGUGAGGGGUUGUCCCCAGAGGAUGAUAUUACGGGAAAUCCAGUAUUGCCCGAGGAUCUGUUGAAGGAGGCCAUUCCAGGGAAUAUUAGGAAAGCUGAACACUUUGUGGCAUUCCUCAAGCGUCUCGUAGAAUACUUGAAGACGCGGAUGCGAGUGCUGCACGUUGUUGCAGAGACACCGCUUUCAUUCCUCCAGCACCUCAAAGAUAUCACCUUUAUCGAGAGAAGGCCCUUACGGUUUUGUGCCGAGCGAUUACAAUCACUCGUGCGCACACUGGAGCUGACGCACCUCGAUGAAUAUUCAGCAUUGCAGAAGAUCGCAAACUUUGCGACGUUAGUUGCGACGUACGAAAAAGGCUUUAUCCUCAUUCUGGAACCCUUCGAAACAGAUAAUGCAACAAUACCAAACCCGGUAUUCCAUCUCACGUGCCUUGACCCAGCGCUAGCCAUUCAACCGGUGUUCGAGAGGUUCAGCAGCGUGGUUAUCACCUCUGGGACCAUCUCGCCAUUGGACAUGUAUCCAAAGAUGCUGCGGUUUACGCCGGUGGUCCAGGAAAGCUAUUCCAUGUCGCUAGAUCGGAACUCGUUCGUACCACUUGUGAUCACUCGUGGAAGCGAUCAAGUUGCAAUCAGCAGCCGAUUCGAAGUUCGAAACGAUCCAGCGGUCGUUCGAAACUUUGGCAAUAUUCUCGUCGAAUACAGCAAGAUUGUGCCUGAUGGGAUAGUUUGCUUCUUUCCGAGUUAUCUUUAUAUGGAAUCCAUCGUUGCAGCAUGGAACGAGAUGGAUAUCCUCACUGAAGUGUGGAAACACAAAUUAAUUUUUGUUGAAACACCGGACGCAAACGAGACUAGUAUCGCACUGGAAAAUUAUCGACGAGCCUGCGAUAAUGGGCGAGGCGCUGUUCUACUUUCUGUCGCACGGGGAAAAGUUUCGGAAGGUAUCGAUUUUGAUCAUAAUUACGGACGGGCUGUCAUCAUGUUUGGGAUCCCGUACCAGUAUACUGAAAGUCGAAUACUUCGGGCACGACUCGAAUAUCUUCGGGAUACAUACCGGAUACGGGAGUCAGAGUUCUUAGGGUUCGACGCGAUGCGAACUGCAGCGCAGUGUGUCGGACGCGUGCUGAGAGGUAAAACGGACUGGGGAAUGAUGAUAUUUGCCGACAAACGAUUUGCUCGAAUGGACAAGCGUUCUAAGCUUCCACGGUGGAUCAACCAGUAUAUUACUGAGCAGGCUUCGAAUCUCUCAACGGACAUGGGUCUCGUUCUUUCAAAGCACUUCUUACGUACAAUCUCACAAGCGCAGAACGAGGGAGCGACCAACCUGUCGUUGUGGUCAUUGGAAGAUGUCGAAAAGGCGCAGGCGAAGGCGAGAGAGCAGGCAGCAGCUGAGGCCGAGGCCGAGAGGGAGGCUGCUGCUGCACUGGAGUUACAAAAGAACGGGGCUCCGGCUGGUAUGGAGGUGGUGGAUGAGUCGGAUGAUGAAUUUGGGGAUUUUGGCGUCAGCGACGAGAUGCUCGUGGGGAUGGAUUUGGAUUUAUAG